AUGGCCCCGAAAGUGUUCAUAACCGGUGUGACGGGAUACAUCGCAGGGGAUGCAAUUUACGCAAUUUCAAAAGCGCAUCCAGACUGGGAGUACACCUGUCUCGUACGUACUGAAGAGAAAGCCGAGCGAGUGCGGCAGGCUUUCCCAUCGGUGAAGGUUGUGCUUGGCGAUCUCGACGCCUCGGAACUACUCGAGGCUGAGGCCUCCCAGGCAGAUAUCGUUUUACACGCGGCAGAUGCAUCUGAUCAUGAGGGCGCAGCCAAAGCAAUUGCUGCCGGUCUGGUCAAAGGUCACUCCAAGAACAAUCCCGGGUACUGGCUUCAUACUGGCGGUACUGGCAUUCUAACGUACAACGACUCGAAGGACAAUUUUGCAGGCUUGGGCAAGUGGAGCGACAAGCAAUAUAACGAUGCCAGUGGUAUCGAAGAGCUAACGAACCUUCCUGAUGACGCCUUCCAUCGGAAUGUUGACAAGAUCGUCCUCGAGACGGGUAUCAAGCACCACGAAAGUGUGAAAACUGUCAUAGUGUGCCCACCCACCAUCUACGGCAAGGGACGUGGUCCGGUUUCAGUCCGAGGCAGGCAGCUGUACGAGUUAGCUAAGCUGGUCCUCCAGAAGGGAUACAUUCCCAUUAUUGGCGAGGGCAAAGCUCGAUGGAACAGUGUCCACGUUGGAGAUCUCAGUGAUGUAUACCUUCUAUUGUCCGAGAAAGCGGCCAAGGGGGACACGAGCGAUGAGCUCUGGGGAGCAAAGGGAUAUAUACUGACCGAGAACGGCGAGCACAUCUGGGGUGACCUAGCCAGACACGUAGGAAGAGAAGCCGCCAGACUCGGUCUCAUCUCUGAGCCCAGGGAGGGCUCGCUUGGUAAGGACGAAGCCAUUGACCAGGCCGGAUUCGAAGCCGUAUCGUGGGGUCUUAACAGUAGGGGCAAUGCUGAGCGGGCGCGUAAGUUUCUGGGCUGGAAACCAUCGCGGCCAUCGAUAGAAGAAGAAGUUCCGGAUACUCUCAAGCAGGAGAAUGAGAGGAUCAAAGGGCCGGCAGUUUGA